AUUUACAUAAAAAAGAAAUGACACACACAUGAAUCCAACAGCCUUAACUUUGGCACAGUAUAUUUUAAUAACAACAAACAAAAAUAACAAGUAAUGUACUAAGAGUAAUUGAUAAACACCAAAAGCAAGACGUGAAAUGUGUAUGCAUUAAUAAUCGUUACUUAUUUUUUACCUAUUUUUUAUGUUGUUUUGGUAUCGAAAAUAAAUCUAGGACAUGUGGAUCCAUCAAACUAUAUAUAAUCAACAUGAGUCCUUGGCCACGCAGACGCUUUCGUGUUACACCACUACGAACGUUGAUUGCAUUUUUAUGUGUCCUGUGUGUCUUUUGGUAUAAUCUUGGACGAGAAGAAAAACCAACUCAUCCAUGCAGUGUUCCUGAAGAAUUUACUGGACAACUACACGUUCUUGCUUAUCGUACACAUUUAGUAUUGGAGAAACUUGGCAUCAAUCAUUUUCUCUGCUUUGGAUCACUUUGGGGUCAAGUACGCAUUGGUCGAGCAUUACCAUGGGCAAGAAAAAUUGAAAUGUGUCUUAUUGAUACACUUCGUGAUGAUGUGCUCAUAUCAAAAGCAUUUAAAGAGGAUGGACUUAGUGCAUCAUAUUUAUAUGCAUCAGGAAUAUAUAAAAUUCAAGAAAAUAAUCAUCAUAAAAAUUCACCAACUGUUGAAAUUAUUGUUUUCGAGGAAGACUCUGUGACAAGAAUGAUGAGACGAGUUGGAUGGACAAGACGUGUUUUACCACCUGAUUGUGAAUUGUCACCAAGUCUUCAAUGUUUUCCACCUCAAUUGGUGAUAAUGCCAUUACCAAUAAAGUCGUUUGGUGGAUAUCUUGUUCACGUUCCUCGUGAAGGUAUCGAGCUACAAAAGUAUCAUUAUCCAAAUGAUUGGUGGCUUGAAAUAAAGCCAACAGAUUGUAUUGAUUCACAUCAAGAAAAUACGUAAUACAAAAAGCAACAUCAGCUAGAUUCAAUUUAAAGCUUCCUCUAAAAAGUUGGACGUAAAAAUAAAUAAAUAAUAAUUAUGUAUAAAGACAAAAUAAUAUAAUCUAUCAACGAUAAUUUAUUUGCUAAAAUAAAUUUUUACUAGUCAACUGUUAAACUGGUCCAGCAUAAAACUUAAAUGUUUAAUUUGCUCGAAUUGAUAUAAAUUUUUAGUUAAAUAAUUAAACAAACGAUUUUUUAACUAACAAGAUGAUUACAACAUAUUCACAGUGAUAAUAUUUAUUAAUAUAGAAAUUAGCAUAUCGUAUGUCGUAAAAUUAUUUCAAGUACUUUGAUUAGAUUAUCAAACUUGUGUUUGACUUAUUUAAUAAAUUAUAGAAAAAAUUUGAUUUUUUAGUCAUUGUCAUUAUUGGUCAGUAUUAAAAUAAUAUUUACUUAUAUAUUUAUUGAUUAUUUUAUUAUUGACAAAAUACCUACCUUAGUUGUUAAGAUUGUUGAGAUGUCUUUGAUGGAACAUGUGGUCCUUGUUUUAAUUAUACAACCAAGUGGAAGAGCAACAAUUUUUCAAUACUAAUUUAUAUCUCAAUGAAAAUACUUGACGUGUUUUUAUUAUUACUAUUUUAAUUUUGUAAGCAGUGACAAUUUUUAAAUAUAUAUUUUUUUAUUUAAAAAAAAGAAUGCUCCAAGUUGCAAACCAAAUUUGUGCUGGGUAAUAAUUUUAAACUAUGAUACAAAAACCUGUUAAUAAAUUAAAUAUUAAUUAAUUAUUUUUUGGAAAGGUUCAUAAUUAAAUCAACACUCAAAAAAUUAAUGUUAACUCAUUAUUUAAUAGAAAAAAAAACAUAUUUGUAUCUUGUAUAUUGAAUUACAAAUUCCAUUUAGAAAGAAUACAAUAAUUAAUUGUAAUUUAAAUGAUACUACCAUGUCAUAGUAUGCAUUGAAAUAAAAAAAAUUAAUUAAUAAAUGUGUAA